GUGGCACUCGCCAGUAUUUAGCGCGUGUGCACGCUUGGGCGCUUUGGGAUACGCGUUGCACGCCUUCCAUCAGUUACCAGCAAUAUUCAGUGAUCCAUGGCAGCGUGCAGUCAUCUCAGCGACAUCGCUCGUUUGCAGCCCCCAAAGCUGUCUCAGUCAGUGCACAGGGAGGAAUGCACGCAAUGCUUCGACAAUCAGGAUCACCCGUUAGGCAUUGAUGUUUGCUUGACGUGUUUCAAUGGCGGUUGUCUGGGAAGUGAGAGACACCAUGCGCGGACGCAUGUUCAGAAGAGCGGACAUUCGUUCACGUUGAAUAUCAAGCGGAAGCUCAAGCCCUCCUCUAACCGGACAGAUGAGAAGGAGCCCCCUGCGAAGCUGCAGAAGCUCGCCAUCGUCGAGGAUCGUGACGAAGACAAGUACGACUUCAAGACCGUGCUCAAGUGCUGGAAAUGCGAUCCGCAGAACGGGCUCGAGAUCCCAGAUGCGAUGGCCGACCCGCACGUCAAGGCGCUCAGCGACGGCGUGAUGAAGUCGUUGUCUUCUGCACGCCAGUCAGAGGUCAAGGCUUGGGAGGAGGAGAUCACGCCGUGCGAGCAUACGCUGACGCUGCAACAGCAGGCUACGGGACAUAUUCUCGCUUCGGGGCUCGCCCAUUGCUCAAAGUGCGACUUGAAGGAGAACUUGUGGCUUUGUCUCACAUGUGGUUCUCUCGGUUGCGGACGUCAGCAGUUCGGCGGCCUCGGUGGCAAUGGACAUGGUUUGCAGCAUUAUGAGGAGAGCCAUCAUCCAGUCAGCGUCAAACUAGGAACGAUCACGCCAGAGGGCGACGCAGAUAUCUACUGUUACACAUGCAAUGAUGCAAAGACGGAUCCCGAGCUCGCUGCACACCUCGCUACGUUUGGUAUCAACGUGCAGACGCAGACAAAGACGGAAAAAUCCAUGACGGAGCUACAAAUCGAGCACAACCUCAAAUUCGACUUUUCGCUUACAGAUGAGUCCGGCAAGGCGCUCGAGCCCGUCUUCGGACCUGGCCUCACUGGCCUCUCCAAUCUAGGCAACAGCUGCUACAUGGCCUCGGUCAUCCAAACCCUCUUCUCCCUACCGGCCUUCCGCGAGAGGUACCUUCCCUCCGCUGCAGCGCACUGGCAGGCCUGCACGGAAUCGCUCCCGGCGAACUGUGUCGACUGCCAGAUGUACAAGCUUGCGGAUGGCCUGCUUUCCGGGCGCUACUCACACCCACGUCCGGCCUCAGCCCCAAGAGACCCGAAAGCAACGAAUCCGCUCGCACACGACUCUCCCACUCCCGUGUUCCAGGAAGGUGUGCGCCCAAGUGGGUUUAAGGCUCUCGUCGGGCGCGGGCAUGAGGAGUUUGCGACGAUGCGCCAGCAGGACGCGGAAGAGUUCUUCACGUACCUCUUGACCGUGCUUAAGAGGCACGCGAAGCGUAUUGGGGUGAGCGCACAGGAGGAUCCGACACGUGUAUUUGAUUUUGGAAUGGAGCAGCUGCUCCAAUGCGGAGAAUGUAAGCGGGUGAGGUACAGGGUGGACGAGAUGGAGGUCGUAAGUGUGCCUGUGCCCGCGAGGGAGAGGGGGAAGGAUGAAGAAGGAAAGACACUGUAUCAGGAGGUGGAGCUGAAGGAAUGUUUGGAUAUCCUCACAGGCACGGAAGCGCUCGAGUACAAAUGUCCAGCGUGCCAAAAGAAUGUCAUCGCGACAAAACGCUCACGAUUUGCUACUUUCCCUCAAGUGCUAGUCGUUCAUGCUAAAAAGUUCCAGUUGGUCAACUGGGUCCCUGCUAAGCUUGACAUCCCCCUCAAUGUCUCAGACUCACUGCAGCUCGACGAAUACCUUGGACGUGGCCUGCAAUCUGGUGAGAUUGAGCUCCCAGAAGAUCAAACUGCCGCUCCCGGCCUGCCCCAGUUCAACGAAGCGGCAAUGGCUCAGUUGGAAGCAAUGGGAUUCCCGGCCAUCCGCUGUCAGAAGGCGCUCCUUGCUACGGGGAACAACGAUGCGGAAACUGCGAUGGAGUGGCUUUUCGCGCACAUGGAGGACCCGGAUAUCGACUCCCCCAUCCAGGUGUCAAGCGCCGGUGGCUCCGCAUCGGAGCCAUCGCAAGAGCAAAUUAACGUGCUCUCAGACAUGGGCUUCACCCACGCCCAAGCGCGGAAGGCGCUACGGGAGACGGGCAUGGACGUCGAGCGCGCGGUAGAGUGGUUGUUCUCGCACCCUGAUGACACGGGUGAGGACGCUCCGGCGGGUGGCAGGGAGGCGUCCAAGUCCAAGUCAAGCACGGUGGGCGGGUCGACGGAGCUGCCGGCGCGUUAUCGGCUGAAGGCGUUCAUCUCGCAUAAGGGCCCGUCAGUGCACUCGGGGCACUACGUCGCGCACAUCCGAGUGGAAGACGUGGCGGUGGGUGGAGAGAGCUGGGUGCUGUUCAAUGACGAGAAGGUGGUCAAGGCGGAUGCGGAGAGCGUGCGGGAGCUGAAGAAGCUGGCGUAUCUGUACGUGUAUGAACGGGUGUAGCAGUGGACAUGGCAGUGUAAGCGAAAUGUACUAUCAUGAAUUAGCAUAUACUCGAUGACUUUAAACAGACAUGCUCAGUAGCGCAGAAGUCGGUGAAGUGGAAGC